CAGCCUUUUCGAAGUAGCUCCAUGUUUAUUCUGUGAAUACGUGCAAACUGGAGCCAGAGAGCGGGCUAUAGUUCUGAUCAGCAUCUGUGAAAGAUGAGUUUCCUUUAAGUGGAGUUCCUCACAUUAAAUGAUCUGUUCAGGAUUCAGUGAUGCUCUUUGACCAGAACCAGCCUUGUUGAGCAGGAGACAACAUGCCCGUUAACUCCACUGUUGGACAUUCCUGUUCAGGUUGGCCUCUCUACAGUCUGAUAGGAGCCGUCUCCUUCCCCAUCGUGGUGUUUACGCUGCUCGCUGCCAUUUAUCUCAGAAAAUAUCGUUCUUUGUUAAAGAGGUAUGAAGACUUGAAGGGGAGCAGAUAUUCGCUGGGUGUCGGUCCUCGGCCGGAAGCUCCCAGCAGCACACCUCUGAGGCCGGUCCCAGCAGCGAUGGAGGAAGAGAGAGAGGGCGAAGAAGAGGAGGGUCCUCGAAUCCCCCUGCAGCAGAGCAGCAAAAUCCGUCUGUCCUCCAGGAGGCUGUGGAAAGGCCUGCAGCAGAGUCCUCAUUUCACCAAGUCAGACCUGAACCUGCUGCAGCUGAUCAAAGCGGGGAAGGAGGGCGUCUUCUACCAGGCCAGGAUGAACAAAGGGACGUGUAAAGGCCACAACCUGUUCACCUGCAAGAUCAGCAAAGAAGGAGUCCGUCCCAAACAUGUGGAGAUGGAGAUUUCCAUCAUGAGGAAACUGGUGCAGCACAAGAACAUCCUGCAGCUGCUGGACUGGAACACCUCUGAGGAGCCUAGCAUUCUAAUCAUGGAGUACGUGAGCUACGGCACCCUGAGGACCUUCCUGCAGACCAACAGAGUCCGCCUGAGUGCAGACCUGGAGCUGCAGAGCCUGCUCACAAUCGCCUCCUACCACAUCGCUCUGGCCCUGCAGCACCUGCGCUCCAAAAUGAUUAUUCACGGUGACCUGGCUCUGAGGAACAUCAUGGUCAACAAGUUUCCCUGGGAGGUCAAAGUGGGCGAGUUCGGUCUGGCCCGAGACUUAACGAGUAUGACGAGCCGCCGCAGCAGCCGCUGGAGAAACCCUCGACAGCGAGUGCCGCUGCGCUGGUACCCUCCUGAGUACUUCAGGAACAACUACUACAGCUUCAAGGGAGACGUGUGGGCGUUUGGCAUCAUGCUGUGGGAGAUGCAGACAUUUGGUACACUGCCGUACCCGAACCUGGAGACGUCGGAUGCAGUGGUGUAUCACAUCUGCAUCGGCCAUAAGAACACAAACCCAGAAGGAUGCCGACCAGAGAUUCUUCACAUAAUGAGAGAUUGUUGGUUGGAGCCGUACACUCUGAGACCCUCGUUCACAGAUAUCGUCUCCAUGCUGGAGAACAUAAUCGAAAACGAUUCGGACUAUGUGGAUGUUGUGAGUCCGCAGAUUUUUGUGAAAGAUGAAGCUGAAUAUCACGAAGCUAAAUGUCUGCGAGCAGCCAGCGUCUCCUUCAAGGAUGAAAAUCACAUCUGAAUAAAUGUACAAAGGCAUCAGACCAAGGACAAUCAAGAUCUAACAUUUAAGACUAUGUUUAUCUAUGGGUGGCUGUGGCUCAGUUGGCAUUGGUAGAGUCGUCACCUCUCAACCGGAAGGUCAAAGGUUCGAUCACCAGCU